UCACCGUUAAGAUGUACCCGCUGGGAGCGAUGUCACUUCGCGACUACACGGUCUGUCGACAAAUAAUAGCCGUUAUCGAAGCGACGUCCUGCAGCGAGCGCAGCGUCGCGACACCGCGCGGAUAUGUGUAUUGUCGUCAAUAAAGCGACGCACCGAUCGCGACGUUACGUCCUGACGGAAGUUGGCCACUGAUGUUUAUUCGCAACGUCGCCGAAGACACCUGGAACGAAGAUCGUAUAACAUUGCGCAAAUAUUCGUUAUGAAAGCGAUUACUCCGGAUCUCAUGACACUACAAUGCGGCGCGAAGAGUGGGAUACUCCUGGGAUACAUUUUCUAGUGAUCGCCCGGAAUUCCGAGCUAGAAUAAUACGGUGAGCGUUUCUGUCGUCCGAGAGGGAUUCUGUCAAUCCAGGAAACCUGUGGUGUGUUUUGAAUCGAAGAGAAUCACGGCGAAAAACAUUACGAGUGAAACCUCGCGAUCGCGGAUGGAUUGAUCAGUGCGCGCCGAAAUCGCAUCGUCGAGGCUUUCCCCCGUCGGUCAGGAGUGCAUCGGAUGCGUGAGAAAGUGCAGCUGCAGCAGUAGCAGCAGGGCGUCGGGAGGAGAGGUUAGGCGAGGCCGACACCCACCGAGCGAGUCGAUCAGCUGUUCCGCGGUGCCGACAUCAUUGUCGUUUCGGACGCAGGUCACUGAGUCUGGGACAAUGCCGGGGGGAACGGCCGGUGGCGACAGGGACGGAAGGGAGACCGAAGGGCCAGGGGCGUAGUCCCAAUGCUACUCUAUCAAGAAGACAUUUCGGACAUCCUUGUUUCAAGUAUUUCUUGGCGCGAACGUGAAAGAAAAAGGGACAAUGUUGUCGUACAUGUUGCCGACGGAGGACAAGCCACCGCCCGGCGAACCCAACAGCAGCCAACAGAACAAUUAUCGCACGACCAGCAAGCUGCAAAAGAGCACCGCUGUAGUGAGCACAUCUCCCAGAAAAUGCACGGACACGACUAGAGCGAUGAUCGUCUCCACCAAGAUCGAGGAUCCGACUGGCGGCGAUCCUGUCGCCCGACACGGUUUCCCUCGACCGGUCGAGAGCCCGAAGCACAAUGGGACGACAACCGCGAGGAAAUCGACCCUGCACAACGCCAGCAGGGUUACUAAGGACGACAGCCUCUACAGCAUCGACAGCGUAGCCAGUACCGCCGGCAGCGAACGUAAGAACAAGAUUCUCAACGGCGCGAAGCACGCCAGCCUGAAAAGGGUAUCCUUCGGCUCGAGCAAAGGGUCGAUGGUGGAAACACUCGUUUAUGAGACCCCAGUACAAGAGGAACCUGAGAUCAAUCACUUUCUGGACCACAACGGCCGCUUACCUCCUCCUAUGAUACCUGUGCCCGAUACUGACGAAGGUAGAGAAAAAGUACGUGUCUCGUUGUUAGGUCCACAACCAUCGCCGGCGACGCCAGGUGUUCUCUUGCUGGAGCCGAUCACGCAUUCGACAGGACUCCCGAUAAACAUGGCCAACAAUCCGACGGAACUUCUGACCACGCACACUGAGCACACCACGCCUGCCUAUCACACGCAAAUCAGUACGGAUAGCGGCUGGGACAAUCCGUUCAGACCGGAUGGCGAUCUCUCCCGGGAAGCCGAUGAGAUCGUCGAACUAAUAAAGGGUGGGAAACCGAUCACGCCGACUCCGGGUCAGAACGCGCCGCCGUUACCGGGAUGCGAUGGCAAAUCAGGCGACUCGAGUACCAGCCCGCUUCUUAAAUCCGCGAAUUGUCACGCUAACUCGUCACCGAGGCCCGGUCAGGAGAAUGGCAGUGCACGAGGUAGUACUCCUUCGAAAACUGCCGGCAACCAACCUGUUAACGAAAAGGUUGGCGCGUCUCGGACCGCAACGGUGGAGGUUGCGAGGAUGACGGCGCAGGGCCCGGGCGACGCGUCACAGGUCGAGCACGUCACCCUGAAGAAGAAGCCUAAGUGCAAGUGCUGCGUGCUACAGUAAUGAUCGCGCGACAGAGCCAGCGGGGACGCGCACGAGAGACGAUCCUCCUCCAUUAUCGGGAGCGUAACUUCAGCUUCGUGGCUAUUGAAGAAAUCACGACUGGGCAACUCGAGGUAUCGAGGACGCAUCGAUGAAGAAGCGACUCGAAGAGGAUGCCGGAACAGGAAAGCGCCGGUAUUCCAAACACGCUCGAGACUUAGAGAACAGGUCCAGAAAAUAAUUUCUCAGAGGGAGAAAAAGGUAUCAUCUUUAAAGAAAGUGAAGAAAGUGGAACGAAAUAUUGGAAACGAUGAGAAUAUAUGAAGAAAUCAGAUUAUUAAAAAUCUAAAAAAAAAUGAAACGAGCAGCAAGUCAAACAAGAUGUCAAAGAAGCUUCUUGUAUCUUUCAAUCAUGAAGAAAAGGGAAACAAGGAAGAAUAUUUUGAUGGUAACAAGAGCAAAUUUAAUCGGAAUAUGAAGAAAAUGAGGUAAGAGGCUAUUGAUUCUUGUUGAGGAGAUUGGAAUCUCUCUUAAAAUGCUCUGGAACAUGAAGUUAACCCUUGCCGUGGAAGAUUGGACUCUCGCCAGGCUAUCUCUGGCUUUCAAGCACGGAAAAGAGGGAUCCACGUGGAGGAUGAGACAAGGAACGUCAGUGCGCGAACAUUGAACCGCUUUUCGAAAGACAAUGAUAUUUUAAUGAUGUCACGAGAGAGACCAGAGUUAGGAAAGAAAUGGAAAGAGAAAGAGAAAGAAAAAGAAAUAUAUAUAUAUAUAUAUUAUACAUACAAAACUAUAUUGUAGAUACAGAAUGGUAGCUGUAUAGCUUAUAUGCUUUUACUAUCGUGGUUAAUAAUCAUCAAGAUUAUCGUGAUUUAAAAAAUGCAUCGUACGCGUAGAGCGAGAAAGGGAAAGAAAGAAUGUGCGAGAGAAAGCGUGAAUGUGAACAAGAGAGAAAGGGAAGGAUGAUGAUGAAUAAUAUGACUAUAUAGGUGGGAAGAAUGUGCGCGACGAGGCAUGUAGGCUGCGUUUAGGGAGCGCGUUAUCAGUGCUAUUUGUGUCAUACUAUUCUUACUUCACGUUCUAAUGGAUAAUGAGGAUAGAAUGACACAAAUAACGCUAAUAACGUCUCCCCGAACGCAGUUGUAAAGUUCCGCGGGACGUCAUUCGUCCGUUAGAUCUCGAUACGAACAGAUACAUCACCGUUUCUGAGGAAGCUAACUUGGCAGCUUUGAUCAAUCUUUCUUUGCACUGCGAAGGAUAUUCAACGCGUUGAACAUCACUGUAUACAGAGGGAGUGUGCCAAAUAUACCGCAUGCUCAUUCGCAUCUACAAAUUUCUUGAUCAGUUUGGAUCAGUUUUCCUUCAGUGUCACAUUAUACCGUUUCACAGAUGCAACAUAUGUAUGGCAUAUCUAAUCUCAACUUUGAUUGUUUAUAACUUU